UUUGUCUCUUGCCAUUUCCAUGUCUCAAUUACGGUUUCCUCUCUUUGAGAAUUGUAGCACUCAGCCCGUGCGGUCUUGUGACUAGGUGAUUGGGCGAUCCCUCGUACCUUGUCCAGAUUGAGCAAUAUGAUUACAGCUCACUCCACUUCCUGCAUUCAUCCUAGAGUCGCGACCAUUUGUUCGGUUCAAUAUAGUAGCGAGCCCUUUUAUAUGCUCUUUUGAGGGGUAGUUGUAGCUUUAGCAAACAGUCGGAGCUCGCAAUGGCACAGACAUACGACUUCAUUGUUGUCGGAGCUGGCGCCUCUGGUGCGGUCCUAGCAUCCCGCCUCGCGCACACGCCCACCGCACCUAGCAUCCUCCUUGUUGAAGCUGGAUCCUCUAACGCAGAAGCUGUUCAUCUCUCCGGAGCCGAACGUUUUAACGUCGCGUUCGCACUGAAUUCCCCGCUCAAUUGGGGCUACAAAACAACCCCACAAACCCAUGCUGCAGGGCAGCGGAUUGACUACUCGCGCGGCAAAGGACUUGGAGGAAGCACAGCAAUCAACUUCUGCGGUUGGACUGUUGGACCGAGAGAUGACUAUGAUGAGUGGGCUUCGAUGGUGGGGGAUGAGAGAUUUGGGUGGCAGAACGUGAGGAGAAUGUUAAAGAGGAUCGAAAACCUAAAGACCGCCAUUCCCAACAGGAGUAUGAGGAAAUUUGUGGAUGCAAGGAUUGAGACUCACAGUGCGUCUGGGAACCUCGAUCUUGCAUAUGGCGAACAGUGGCUUCCGGAUGUUGGUGAUAUAUUCAUCGCAGCCAGCCAGUGCGGCCAUCGUCUGAAUCCCGACGUUAACUCCGGCGAUCCUAUCGGCUUUGGCAUGGCUAGUGUAUGCAUUGCUGAUGGCGUGCGGGCGACAUCUGCAAGCGCCUACCUCUCUCAUCCUCCACCAAAUCUGAAGAUACUCACCAAUGCCCUUGUGGCGCGGUUGCUGUUCGUCGGAAACCGAGCCGCUGGUGUGGAAAUCAUUAACGGCGUGAAGCUGCAUGCUCGAAAGGAGGUCAUCAUAUCUGGCGGGGCUUUAAACAGUCCCCAGAUUCUUAUGCUCUCCGGUGUGGGUCCCGCAGAGGAGUUGAAGAAGCACAAGAUCCCAAUAAUCCAGCAUCUACCAAUGGUCGGCCAGAACCUGCAAGACCACUGCUUCUCGGCGGCUGGCACGGUCCUAAAUGAAGACCCAUUCCUUCCACCAGGACCUCCCUCUCAAAGCCCCACACCGAUGGGCUGGUUCAAACUACCCAGCGUAACAACCUCUCCCGAAUUCCAAGCCCUCCCCACCCGAAUACAACAGCACAUGCAUAAGCCCACCAUCCCCGCUAUGGAAAUCGCCACACAUUCCCCAAACGCCUUCCUUGAGUACACGCCAGCUCCCGACACAACAUAUUUCGGCGCCAUUUGUCUCUUAUUGAACCCCCAGUCCCGUGGCUCUGUGACUCUGCGCUCUGCGAGCCCAUCCGAUGCCCCGAUAAUCGAUCCAAAGUUUCUCUCUCAUCCAUUCGACCGGCGCGUUCUAGUAGAGGGUAUGCGUGAAACUAUCCGCAUCCUUUCUGCGCCAAUUUACUUUUCACGAACGAUUCGGUUGCUUGGGCCAAAAGACAAUUCCGACGAAGCAAUUCUAGAGUAUGUCAGGUCGAAUUUGCGGAGUUCGUGGCAUAUGUCUAGUACGACGUGUAUGGGCUUAAAUCCCCAAAAGGCAGUUGUAGAUCAUCGGUUUAGGGUCUUUGGAUUGGAGGGAUGUCGAGUUGUGGAUCUAGGUGUUUGUCCAUUUAUCAUAAAUGCGCAUACGCAGAGUACGGCGUAUGUUUUGGGUGAAAUCGCGGCUGAGGUGCUGGCGGAGGAGUAUGGGCUUGGGGAGGUGAGGGUUUCGGGGAGGCCGAGAAGAUCAGGUGAUUAGGAGAGAAGAUGUAGGAAGGUUGCUGAUGGGGGGAAUGCAGAUGGCAUUCGGGGUUCCCCGGCUAUGGAUUGGCUCUGCAGGGAUCACGAACCCUUCAGCAGUCGUUCAGUUGACACGCUAAAUCUUACAAAGGCUUAGAUGAAUAUCCUACUCUUAUUUCUAGCUUCCCUGGAGUCGACAUGAUGGGUAUAGCGCUAUAUUCACUUUCCAUAGUCCCGAUAUCACCCUUCAUUAUCAGCCUGAAGAGCAUUCCGAAAUUCAAAGAUGGAUGGGUCCAUGCUCCAAAGGUCGAGUUGCAUUCAUCGGAAC